AUGCAUUUCAUGACCUUUUCCACACUCCUGUCUGCAGUUCAACUUGUCACUGCUUUGGCAACUGUACCUCCAAGCGAAGACCCGUUCUACAUGGUACCAUUGGAUAUAGAAGCAUCUCCACCUGGUGCUGUUCUUCGCACUCGCACAGAUCCAAGCAAUGUGACUUCAGUACUCAAUUGCUCCGCGGCUUACAACAUUCUCUACCGAACCACAGACGCUGGCCUUCGGGCGUCCUGGGCUGUUACGACACUACUGAUUCCUCACCACGAAGUCCUUGCUACGACUAAUGGAACCCAUGUUGCUCGGCUGCUAUCAUACCAGAUUCCCUACAACACGGCAGAUCCUGACGCAAGCCCCAGCCAUUUGCUCUCCACGCUUUACGCCACCGCAGCAAGUCCUGCCCCUGCAGACUAUAUCGCCCAUGCCCUUGCACGAGGAUGGUACGUCAGUGUGCCCGAUUUCGAAGGUCCUAAUGCUGCAUUCUUCGCCGGCCCUCAGUCAGGUUUCGCAGUUCUCGAUUCGAUCCGUGCCGUCCUAAGCCAAAGUAAGCUGGCCUGCUGGACCGAUGCCCGAUACACAAUGUGGGGAUACUCUGGUGGCUCUUUUGCCAGCUUCUGGGCUGCAGAAUUGCAAGCUUCUUACGCCCCUGACGUCAAGUUCGUCGGCAUGGCCAUUGGAGGCAUGCCCUCGAAUGUGACGCACGCUCUACAACAGUUGAGUGGCACUGCUGCGGCAGGUUUCGUCCCUUCCAUUCUUCUCGGUGUCACAGCUCCUUUUCCUGAAGCGCGACAGUAUAUCGUGAAGAGUCUCAAGACCGAAGGGCCAUUCAAUGCGACAAGCUUUUUGGCUUGUCUCCGUUACAAUUUCCUAGAGUACUCGACUGCCUACGCUGGCCAGGAUAUGUACAAAUACUUCGCCAACGGCGGAGAUGUCCUCAACGCACCAAUUAUUGCACAUCUGCUUGGAAACAACGUACUCCCCACAUAUCAUGGAAUCCCGCAGAUGCCAAUCUACGCUUACAAGGCAGUUCAGGAUGAACUUCUUCCCGUGCAGUAUACCGAUGCGCAUAUGCAAAGGUAUUGCGAGGCGUCUGUUGACGUACUGUACCAGAGAAAUUCAAUAGGCAACCAUGAGGAGGAACUGGCGUACGGUGCACCCGAGGCUGUCAAAUGGAUAACGAGAUGGCUUAAUGGGGACACCACCGAGGUGAUCAAGGGCUGUACUGUGCAGGAUGUCGCUGUCAAUAUCACUCAGGCUUUGGCAUACAGGUGA